AUGCCAAAGAAAGGCUGGAAAUUUGACGUUUCAACACUGUUUCGUCCUAAAAUCAACUGUCAUAUCUUACGACCUGGCAACGAUAUCUGUGUCGUGAACAUUCCUUCUGUCAAUGAACCUUUUCGCAUAGCCAUACGAGCUUUUAAUCUCAAGGAUAAUGUGGUUGGAAGUAUGGUCAUGCUAAAAAAUAUAACCUACCGAGCGGAAACGUGUGGAGAAUCUCCAUUCCCAUCAAUUUUUGGGUCGAUACCCUUGGUACCAAAGCCUUCUUUACCAGUAAGGACUAUAUCCGAUUUGGAUUGUGAUCGUCCUCGAUCGAAAUGCAGAUGGAGUAAUGCAGAAUCAACAGUAUCAGAAUGGCGAAUUGGACGUAAUAUCGAGAGAUGGAAAGAAUUAGUCGAGGUUAGAGCUUUGAAUUUCUUUUUAGCUUUUGUGUUUUUUUAGUC